AUGUUGACUAAAAUCCUUGCUCGUUCUACUCGACUUGCUCGCCCCACCAAUGUCCUUCGUCGUGGUGGUCAUGGAACCCCUUCUUACAACGAACCUGGAGGAUAUCUUUUCAAUGAAAAGACCCGUGUAAAGGAAGAUUGGGAGAGUAUUUACUAUUGGGGUAUGGGCGGUGGUUUCGUCGCCAUGGCUGUUGCUUUAUAUUACAAGCCUGAUACUAGUGUUGUUACUUGGGCCAAGAAGGAAGCUGAAAAGUCAUUAAAAGAGAAGGGUGUCAACCUCGAAUACACCAAGACUGCAUAA